AUGGCGUCAAACAACACCAGUUCCUGUCCUGACCCUGGUUCAGAUCUCACUAAAGGAGAAGCUGCCGAGAUCGCUAAAGCAGUCGCAUACCUGUGUAUUUUCAUUCUGUCAACCGUAGGAAACUUUCUCGUGGUGGUGCUCAUGCUAAGAGACCGCCGCUUACGAUCUGUCGCUAUCAAUCAGUUUAUUGUGUCUAUGGCAAUGGCUGAUUUACUGACGUCUUUGUUUAACAUGACGAUAGAAAUCUGGAUCCAUAUCAAAUAUUCCACUGGACAGCAAGUUUUCUGGUUGGAUGGAGCUGGCGGUGUCAUUCUUUGUAAGACUAUUGUUUUUGUUCAGGGUCUCUCCAUGGCUUGCUCAGUCCUAACACUUGUCGCCAUGGCCGUAAAUCGGUACUUUGCUGUCUUUUUCCCACUCAAAAUGGGUACCACAAAGUCUCUGUCCACCUUAACCAUAGUUAUUAUUUGGUUGGUCUCCACGGUCACCGCCUCGCCAAUGUUGUACGCCAUGAGAGUCAUCGAGAAACCAGAUGGCACGCUCCAUUGUAUCGAGGAUUGGACGCCUGCAUUUGACAGUAAGAAGUCUCACAGGAACUACACCAUCUUUCUGCUAACUAUACUGUACGCGAUACCCCUUGUUGCUGUCACUAUGCUGUACACAGCUGUUGUUCGAAAGGUUUGGAAGAGGCAAGUUCCAGGAAACAUCACUGCCCCAAAUCAGUCCGUAGAGCUUGUCACAAAGAAACGCGUUCUCAGAAUGCUCAUCACAAUUGUGAUCGUCUUUGGACUCUGUUGGCUUCCAUACUACACUUAUUUGUCUUUGCUCUCCAUCAUUCACGGCUGCCCGCCUGAGUACGUUUCAUUCUUGGGUCUUUUCCUUGGUCAUGCCAAUUCCGCUAUAAAUCCAUGUAUUUAUGCCAUCUUCAACAAAGAGUGUCGUGCUUCUCUGAGGGGUGCUAAAGGGGCAUGCUUUCCCACAAUGCAUGGAAGUCGCGUACCAAUUAUAGAAACAAAUCAGAACACCGUGAGACAGACUGAUUUGGGCUUCGAAGAGACAUCACGAGGACAAGAACGAAGAACGCUUCUGAUCCGCGAGAUAAAGGAGAUGAAGGAGAUAACCCAGUCACCGCUAAGGAUGUCUCCAUUCAAUUCCUAACGCCAUUCACAAGUGCAAUUUACGUGCUCACAAUAAGAGACCAGUUCUUUCCAUGAGAAUGAACAAAUUAAUCAUUUAUUUGCUUUGCAGAAGGGGAACUGUUCCGGGAAUUCAACCUUAUUGAAAAAUGAAUAUCAACUGGGUUGAAUCUUGUGACUUUCACGAUAACAAUACAAUUUUUAAUCUAUUUAUCUGUACUAUAGAGCCUCUCCGACCUGAAUGUCAUCGCUUAUGGAUUCUCCGAGGCGGAUCCUGUUACCACUCUACAGUCACAACGAGAAAUUAAAUUUCAAUUCAAUGUCGAAAAAAUAAAAAGACAAAAAUGUUAUUUGUUGUUUGAUAAAAAAGGUAGUCUCUAAAAGUAAUAGGGCUUUGAAAUUUAAUCGGUACUAUUAAAAUGGAUACAACAGCUUUCAGACGUAAGGAAAAAAAAAUUCCUUUGCGUUUUUAGUACUUUUAACUGUUGAUAAUCAAAUAUCCGCUCAACAAAUACCUAAGAAAAGUGUCUGUUAUGGCGUCCCCAAAAUAUAAAAAAAACUCGAAAUAGCAAAUCUUCUUUGUAAUUAGAAUUAGCGAUCUAGCUGAUCUAGAAUCAGACUGAUUUGGGCUUCGAAGAGACAUCACGAGAACAAGAGCGAAGAACACCUCUGAUCCGCGAGAUAAAGGAGAUGAAGGAGAUAACCCAAUCUUCUUUGUAAUUUGAAUUUGCGAUCUAGCUUGAAAUCGUCGAGGAAAGGUAUUAUUACCGUUCGUUUCCAGCAUUAAGCAUCUGACCUGGUCUUCGUGAUUUUUUUGUGUAUCGUAAACAGAUGAUUAAAACUUGAUCAUUACAGCUGUGAAAAAAUGAACGGCUUUUCACAUAAGAACAUUGAAAAGUCAGAGUCAGCGGUAUACGGAAUCCCUGUACAGGACAUAAUGACCUUUUUUCAUUUUCUGGAAACAUAUUUAGCUGAGUUGCAAGCAAUUCGCCAUUAUCUUAGUUUUGGCAGCUACUUUCAUCGUCGUUUGUAUAGGAAGGGCUCUUUAGUACUUUUGAACACAGAUUUGUUAAUUCAGCGGGUGGAUAAUGAAUUUGCACAAUUCGAAGGUUUCAUAUAUGGAGUGCAUGUCAAUUGACCUCGUCCACCUUUUUUUACUCUCUGCCUCAAUUCCCUCAAUGGGGGUGUGUGGGGCCGCUCUAGAGGGAGGGGCUGGCCGUUUAAUAUCGCAAGCAGGUGAUAAUUUUUUGGCUAAUAUUCGUGAGAAAACAAACGUAAGGACUUAUGAUUCGCUUUGCAAACGUAUUUUGAAACAGAAGAGGCAAGAUUGAUGAAAUUCUCAUCAUGCAUUGCUUUUCUGGCCUCUGGUUUGUUUGGUCUGUCUCCCAGGGAAUAUUUAAGAACCGUUUUUUUUUUCCCUUUAUCUGUGGGUCUUGAUAAUCUGUAAUAUUGAGCCAUGCAGUAUCAAUAAGACGGAAAUAAAUACUUAAGUUCCUAGUUCGAGCUGCAACGCCAGUUCCUUUCUCUUAAUCAUGAGUAGCAUAAGAAAUGCAAUUAUGAGUUUCUGACCUAAAUUAUUUCCGUUGUAUUAAGCCCCACGCGAAUGCCUCGCAUCCACUAAGAAUCACGCGACACUUGAACGACAAAAAAAAUACAAAGAUGACAUUAUUUAUUAAGGCUUUGAUUUUUCAUCGUUGUAACACCAAUUCAGUUUGUACAUUGAUGGUCUUCACAUGGGAAAAUAAACAGUGCUAAAAUAUACCUGAAUUGUUCCUGAGAACUUGAAGUAGUUUCGUAAUACAUGCACACUUAUUUCUACAUCCGGCUCAUCUCCUUAAAGUCACUCAGUUUUCAGAGGGAGAAAACCGGUUACUUAUCAAAACAUCAGUCACUGGUUAGCUUUAUAGAUAUUUUUGCUCUGAAACUUAAUAAAUUCAAUGAAAAUUACGGCCAAUCUAACUGUCGCUCUUAAAAACAGUUUACAGCGAAUUAUAUAUUCCGAGAAUAAGUGCCAAAGUAUUUGUUAGAGCAGAGCAGUGCAAAGAACCACGAAAUUUUUCCAAUCUAAAUGAUAGAAUAAAUAUGAUUUUAGUGAUAAUUCCUGCACCUUCAUCAGGCCUCAUUUUUUAAUAUUCAAUCUUGGUAGUUUUAAGAUGACUGCAAGCUUUAAAUGGUUCUGUGAUUUAUUACAAAUUGUCAAUCCUAAAAACGGUUUGUUUCUAGGAAGCCGUUAAAAAAAAGUCGAGGUUAUUUUCUUUACAAUAAUUUACAUCCAUUGUUGGAUUAUUUAUUUCAGCAAAUACCUCUAAAAGGCAAUCUUUAUGCAAUGUAAAUUAUUUUGCCAAAAUUGACCACCAUAAGCCGAAAAAUACAAUUAGUUCAGUCUAUAAAUCAGUUCUUAUUGAACGGAUGUGAUUUUCAUUUGCGGCAUUUGCGUGUAGGAAAAACUUGCGAAUGGUUCAUUUUAUGCAUUGUUACAGCGCUGCAAUGUACAAAUACUGGGAUUUUUAUUCAUAGUACGUAUCACAUAAAAGUUUGUAGUAUAGUCUACAUCUCCUUAAUUGUUAUUUACUUUUUAAGCGAAAAUCAAUACCGAGGCCAUAUUUUUUUCAAGCCGCUCAUAUCUGACAAAGUAACAAAGCUCAAGAACACGAAGAAUGAAAAAUAUACAUCAGAUGCUCGUUUAAUUGUUAUUAAAAGCAAAAAGAAAUAUAUAAUUAAGACUUCUUUCCAUAUUCUUUGGAAUCAAAUAAUGAACAUUUAUCUUCUGUCAGGCGGGUUUGGUCCAAUGUCAAGAGAUUGUCGGAAGAAAUAUAAAUAUAUAUUUUUCGUCCUCUUUAAGCUUAUCUUGGUUAUAUAUGCAGCUGCUAGUGCGAUUGUAGUUUUGAUCUUAAAAAGGGUUAGGCAAUCUUUACAGUGUAAUAGGUGUCCACUCAGCGAUACAGUACGAGUGAAUAUACGCAGUGCCACUUUUUAGCAAACAAGAAAUUUUGUUUUAAGCUUUUCUCAAAAGACGCUCGCCAAGGCUGGAGCUUAUUUUUUUUUUCCUAGCUUUCGACGGCUGAAACAACAAAUUUCACCGUGAUAUAAACCGAGCCAGAUAGGUUAACCCCAAGAAAAUGAGCUGAAAUCGUCGUUAUCAGUUUGUAUCGUUUUCAUUUUCACACUUCAAUACAGACUGCAAUCUGUGGACUGUAUUGGUUUGCUCCUGGAAGAGAUAAACUGAUAGUAACAAGUUCUCUUGAGUCUUUUCAUUGCUUCGCCAGCUCAAAGAAAAGGUAAGGAAAGAUGUAAUCUUAAGUUGUUCCAUCUGAAAAACAACGCGAAAAAGAACCUAAAGUUUUAAGAUUUAUUUUCUCAUUUAUUUCAAAUUAGAAUGUCUGCUUCGUUUCUCUUUGAUCACAAACAGUUUUCCUUUCCAUCGGCAGUUGUUUCCUCUCUUCUCUCCUUUUCGGGUCUUAAUAUGUCACUGGGCUAAAUUCUACAAAAAAGCUUAACGCAGGCAGUUUUUUUCUUCUAGUGCAAAAGUUUUUGAGGAGCCAGGAAAGUGGUUUACAAAAGUGCAUGUCUUAUAUUUGGGAAAAUAUGACAUAAAUCAAAGUUUACAUCAGGCUUGCUGAAAGGUUAUUUUUUAAUAUAUUCGUGUAGCAGAGAUAUAGGUCAAGGGAUAAAAGAAAACAUCAGAAGGAUAUGAAAGGACAACCAUCCGAAUUCAAAUAAAAGUGUAGCUUUUCGUGGAGUUAAAUUUGAAUGGCAAUAAAAAUUGUUGUAAUUUCAGGUAACUCUUCGACUUGUAGGCAACCAACCAUUUCCUUAUGUGUUACGUUAAUCUCAGCCUAAUUAGUAAGAAAAUCUGUCUCUACAUAUCGAGAGGAUGAACGUCGUUAGGGCUUGAAAAACCCUGAUUGUUGUUUUUAUUACACAAAGGCAAACUGGAUUGUCUUUCAAAUGUUUUGUGUAGUGUGUCACCUACUCAUUCGUCCCUGUCUAAGCAAAGACAUCUGAUCUGUGUGUUUUCGAGUGCGUUUCUGUUAGCUUACUCGCAACAUGAAGGUGAAUAAUUUAAAUAUGAGCUAGGUGGAACGUAAAAAUGUUCUGAAUAAAAGUAUACAUUGGUAAAGCAAAAAUUUUGUAAAUUAUCGAAGAAAAGACUAAAAUGAUAUUAAGUUUGCCGGACUCCUGUCGAUCCUAUAUUUGACUUGGCUGUCUUUCAGCUGUGUUGUUAAAGUUUUCAGUUACCUAUUCACUGUAAAAGUAAACUGAUCUCCAAGUUACUCCCGAUCAUUCUGGCUCGCUGCUUUACUCUCAACACAGCAAUGUAAACACAAACACAAAGAUACUUUCUCCUUCUGCUUACACAGACGUACACGUAAAAAAAAACGCUGAUCGGAGUGUCUCCUGGAGGAUAAAAUUGUUUUGAUGAAAAUUGUACAUUGGUAAUAGCAAGUGAUAUGUAGUAGAAAAAAAUCCAAUUUCGUUAAACUUCUCCCGACUUUUGCCGACCAUGAAGUCAUCUUUUGUUUCGGUCACCUCUUUCGUCAACAGGUUUGAUUGAUGGCCAGAUUUUGUUUAUCUUCUUCUGUAAGAUUACUCCUGAAUGGCUCCUUAGCUUCUACUCUUCUACUUGCCACAUAACUAUCAUCUGCCCGAAAAAAAUUAAAAGGCCCUACUUGCUUCUGCAAAAAAUCUAAGAAUUUAAUUAUUUAAUUUACAAUAUCAGUCAGCUGUUUAACCUGAAUCGCCGCUAUAGACCACAGCUCUGCUCAGAAAAAGUCGUUGCAGUUCGCAAUUUCUCUCUCAAAAAACCAUUUUUUGGGGCACAAUUAUAAACAUUAUUAUCAGAGUGAGGAGGGAGAGGCUAUAAGAAAAUUCCUGCAAAGGGAACCCUCCCUCCCCCUCCCCCUCCCCCCUUCACAUCGAAGAAAAACUUUUCUCAAGGUCAUCCCUACAAGUAGAAGUUGCUUCAGUCCUUAGAUUUUGACCAGACUCAGGAUUUUUUAUUUUGUUUUUUUUAAUCUGUCAUUUUUAAUCUACAUGUCAGAUCAGAAAACCAUCCGGUUUGUGAAUUAAAACAAAGUGUUUUAAAUAAGGCUUUAAGAACAGGGAUAUGAUUAAGUGUCAUACAUAUAGACCAACAAAUGAUAAAAAUCGAAAUUAGUACGAAAUCAGGGCGAUUUUCUUCAAAUUCGCUCAUGAUAUUUUCUUGGAAUAUUUCUAUUUCUUGGCAGUUGGAAGCUUUAAGCUCAAACAUAUAACUCGAUCUUUCUCAAUUUCUUUUCAAAGGGGUAGGAGUGUUGAAGGUGAUAUACUUGUAGUGAUGAUAGACUUAGGCUGAAUUUUCAGUAAAUAUGAAGACUUUAUCCUUCCCUUCCAUGAGUGUUUCAAAGUGUUAAUCAAAAUAACCUAACCCCGGGAUUAGUCACAGUUCUGCCAAACGUAAUGAAUCUUACCGUUACCCCAAUAGAUAAGAUUAUACUGAAGUUCUCUUGCAAUUGUUGUGAAUAAAUUGUUAAAACCGAAUUGAUAUCUGUAAAUCUAUUGGAGUUAUUCUGAAUAGAUCAACUUACUUACUUACUCUCACUUCAUAGAAAAAAAAAAUGAAUGACAACAUUACCUUGAAUACCACCGAUUUACUCACUCACUGCGUGAUCUCCAACUCGUCUCCGCUCCUACCCGUUUGUCAACUGUUGGCAUAUACGAUCCUUUUUAUCAUGUCCAUAUUUGGUAACAGCAUCCUCAUCGGGGCCAUCGUCAACUAUCCCCGAACACAGACGAUCAUGAAUUACUACAUCAUCAACAUGGCAGUCGCUGACCUGUUGACAACAGUGUUUGACAUGGCGGUGCAGAUUUGGCAUUACGGUUUGUUGAUAGCAAAUAAGCCAUUUGAAUGGUUUAGCGGUGUUUUUGGAGAGUUCAUGUGCAAGUUUGUCGUGUUUAUCCAAGGAACAGCGCAAGCUUGUACCGUUCUCACUUUAGCUGCCAUCGCCAUCAACAGAUUUCUUGCAGUGAUGUUUCCACUGCGUCGUGCGGCAAGCAAAACCAAAGUGGUUAUCAUUCUGCUACUCAUUUGGGGAUCGUCCCUCGCUAUUGCGUCACCGAUGCUUUACACUAUGAGACUUCACGAAGGGCAAGGUGCCUUUUCUUGUAUUGAGAAUUGGGAGCCAUUUUUCGACAAUGCGUCAUCGCCGAGACAUUACACUCUGGCUCUAUUCAGUUUACUGUAUGUCGCACCUCUUCUGAUGAUAGCCAUUCUGUACUCGGUUAUUGCAUUUAAACUUUGGGUGAGAACAGUCCCAGGAAAUGUCACAGCGCCAAACCAACUGCUUGAGCUUGAGACAAGAAGGAAAAUACUGAAGAUUUGUAUGACAGUGGUUUUUAUUUUCACACUUUGUUGGCUCCCCUAUUAUAUUUACCUUAUGAUUCAAUUUGUUCCUGAAAAUAACGGCAAAUGUUAUCCCCCAGAAUACGUAGCUUUCUUAGGGCUUUUUUUUGGUGACGCAAACAGCUCUAUUAACCCGUUUAUCUACAUCAUAUUUAACAGUGAAUACCAGAAGGGCAUGAAAAAAGUCCUCAAGCGCUGCUGCAUUCCUUGCAAGUCGAAUAAACUGCGCAUGUACUCUAGCAGAAUUACACUCAUCAGCUAUCCAUCCUUGCGGACCUUUAGGGAGCUAGAAUUAACACCUAUGAGACAAACUCUGCACCAAACCAACAGCGGAUUUAAGCAAGGGUAUAUCAUUUCUUGA